AUGGACAGCUCUGGUUGGGGUACAUCCGUUUCGGGGGCCCCCGUAGGGGGCCUCUCUAUUGGGGGGCCCCCCGUAGCAAAAAAGAAGGUUAUGAUAAGAGUAUCAUUACUAACAACAGCAGAACAGACCCCUGGUUACGACAGUCCUGAAUUAUCUGUUAUAGUAGAGAGACUAGAAAAGAGUCGCAAUAGAUUAUCUUUUAUACCAAUAGAAGAAUGGAAAAGUCAUACAGCAAAAACGGAUCUAUUAAAAAGUGUUCUUCCUACUAUAAGAAAAAAGUGGAUUCACCGUUUGCAGCUGCAGCUGCAGCUGGCUGCUGCUGCAGCUGCAGCAGGAGGAGCAGCAGGAGACAAGGGGUCUGUAUUUUUCUCAUGGCGAGCUGCAUCGUUAAACCCUUAUUUUGAAGGGUGUAAUCCAUUAAAGGUAUUAGAUGAUGAUGAGGUGUACAGACACUCGGAGAGAAGAUGGAUAAGCAGCCCUGAUGGUAGCGGCAACAUAUGCAGCAAAGAAAGCAUUGAAUACCUAUGGAAACAAAUCACUAGACCACUGCAGCACGGGGUUCCCCCCUUUGGCUUGGCGGAUUUUGUGACAGCAGAUGGUUCCUUUGAUGUGCAGCACGAUCCAGGGAGGCAGGAGGAGUUGGUUGCUCCUCUGGUGUAUGCGGAGCUCGUGGCUAUAUUAGGUUUGCUGCAGCUGCAGGGGUCUGCAGUUAUUAAGGUUUAUUCUCUUCAUUCCCAUCACUCUGUCUCUCUUCUUGCUAUUCUUAGCAUGUGCUUCUCAAAGGUAGCCGUUGUAAAGCCUGUAAUGAGUAGAUCAGGCAACAGCGAACUGUACGUAUUAGGUCUAGGGUUUCGUGGGAUCCGAUCCCCGCUGCUGCGGGCUCUCUCUAAUGCUGUAGACAACUUUUCUGCAGAUAAGGCAAUCAUACCUAAGGAAUGGAUAUCCGAAGAAUUCUUGGCUGAAUGCCGGCAAUGCGCUGAAUACUUCACGGAGCAGCAAGCGGAGCACAUUGAGCAGUCUCUUGAGCGCUUCAAAGCAAUGAGUUCUCAUGAUCUGUGGCAACUGUCUUUGUUAAAAGAACAAGUAGCUGAAGACUUCAUUACCUCUAAUGGACUCAGACCCAUUCGAUUUGAGGAUCGCCUCAUACCUGACAAGGAGUUCGUGAGGGUUUGGGAGGCUCAUGGAUUCACCAACUCCACACGAGGAGGCAGCAGGGAGCGAGUGCAGGGUGUAUUAGACGACAGGGUUCGUUUCCACGAGGUGUACACGGAGCUGCAGCAGCGGCGCAUGCAGUCAUGGCAGCAGCACGGGGGCUGCAGCAGACCUUUGUGUCUCCUUACACCUCAAGCAGGGAUAGAGGCGCUGCUGCAGUGUACGUACACCCCAUUUGAGGAAGUUAAGACUAUCGGCCAGAGCGGCAGCGAUGGGCAGGCGCAUACGAAGACGUUGGUUGCAGAUUUCCUAUCGCUGGAUGGGGACGACGAGGACGGCGAUGCGCCAGCACAAGGAGGAGAAGCUACGUGGCUGUGCCUCUACCCGGAGGACCCUCGAAGGCGGCAGCAGCAGCAGCAACAGCAGCAGCAGCAGAAGGGGGCCCCUGACGUUGCAUCGUUCUUUAGUGCCUUUGCUGCUCGUGCAUCGCAAGGGUGGGGAGAAGACAACAAUAACAGCAACCAGCAGCAGCAGCAGCAAGAGAGAUAUAUUCCUCUUGUUCCUUCUGCUGCUGCUGUUGCAUGGAGGGAAGAAGCCCUGCAUGGAUUAAAGAAAGGAGAAUAUAAUGCGCGCCCUUCUUGUUGGAUAUCUCCCCUACGCCCUCUAAUCUCUACAGCAGACUAUCUGCUGCUGGAGGGUCGUGCUGCUGCUGCUGAGGGAAAGCUAAGAGGUAAUCAGCUACCACCAAGCAGCAGCAUCGAUUUGCUGCUGGCGCUGAAGCAGCUGCAGCACCCGUCUGCUGCUGCUGCUGCUCCUGCUGCUGGCGGUGGUAGUUCUUCCAGGUCUUCUUUCACAAGGGAUCCUUCAGGUGGUGGAGCAGGAAGCAGCAACGGCACUGCAGCAGCAGCAGCAGCAGCAGCACCAGAGGAGACACCAGAGUACUGGAGGAGACAGUAUCCUGUAUGUGUAGAGAUUAGCUGCAGCAGCAACCCCAUGUCUCUUCCUCUGCAGCUGAUGAUGAGACGCUUUGGCUGCAGCUGCUUCGUUCUCUUAAACCCUCCACUGCAGCAGCAGCAGCAGCAGCAGCAGCAGCGGGUGACGAAAGGAGAAAUAAAUGCAGCACUACCUAAGGGAGAACCUCUCCUGGGGAUUGAGGAGACAGAUAUCCUUAAGGCAUUUAAAAAUGGGGAGACAGCAGAAUACUUAAAAAAUCAACUGCAGCAGCGUGUGCUGCCGUUGCUGCCUGAUGGUGGUGUCCCCUUAGUGUCUAUAGAUAUAACAGGUCUACAGGAAUGGAGACAGGAGGAAGGAGACAGCAGCAGCAGCAGCAGCAGCAGCAGCAGCAGCAGCAGCAAAGGGAAUAAAGUGUCUCCUUUUAUAAAAGGAGACAAUUGGAGACAAUUAGCGCAUGCAAUUGUUCAUGAAGAAAUUGCUCAGGGAGAAAUAGAAGGAAGUCUCCUCUUAUUAGGACAAGUUAUACAGGUAAUUAAUUAA